UCAUGUGAUGUAGCUUGGAUAUUGGAACAAUUCCAAAGAAUAAUGCAGGAUACGUCCAUUACAGAAACUUUCGUAAUGGAUUCGGCCAACUGUGAGAUAUCCACCGUGCGUAAUAGUCAAAUUCAGGCGAAAAUCGUCAUCUGUGCAUUUCAUGUAUGCCGGGCUUUCAGCAGGAAGACUCGAAAUCCUUUUGUACGCAGGUUUUUAUAUCGUCUUGUUAAAGCUGCGACACCUGAAAGUGUCAUUAGGAUGGUUGAUCGGAGGGUGUGGAAUUAUUUCAGGCAUUACUGGGUGCCUAAGAAGGAGACGUGGGCUGCGGCAUAUAUGCCGAAUACUCUGUUGCUGUUAAAUAGUACCAACAAUAGAGUUGAAAGCUCUCACAGCCACCUAAAACGAUAUCUCCACAGAAGAGAUCCCCUACACGUAUGCAUGUACAAGACGUAUAAAUGGUGUGUACGCACAGAGAAGCGUCGUAGUGUUGAAGUCAUCGUCGAAAGUUGUCGGAUUCGUAAGUACCACGCACCGGAACCAGUUAUGCCGAUAUUAGGAAACUUCACUCCUUAUGCCGCUAAGUUAAUUGCCAAGGACUAUGGCCGUAAUCGUCGGAUGAACAUAGAGUUGUAUACUGAUGAUAUGGCUAUCAUAAAUGACGGCAUAUACCUGCACCAAGUGGAUUAUACCAAUUCUACUUGUACCUGCAGAAUAUUUAGGGCACAAAGAAUACCUUGCCGGCAUAUGCUGCUAUGUCACACUCAAAUUCCUCAGUUUACAGGUAAAUCAAACUCUUACUAAUAUUUAAAUUAAUAUUUUUAGUUGACAAAGUAAUUCGCCUGUGUCGCAGAUGGUUUUGGCAGGAUCCGUUGCUACCAAGUCGUGUGCCGUGUGAAGGUUCAGUGAAGAAACCCUGCAUGGAGAUACUGCAACUUCGCAGGCAAUUGAACAGAAGCUUCGCAGUUAUGCAGGAUAAUUAUAGUAAUGAAUAUACUAUUAGUGCACUGCGAGCAACUCUGAAUUACUUUGAGAACUUUCUUGUAUAAUAAUGGAAGACGUACAUAAAUUUUGUGUCAAUAAAUGCAAAUAUACCCUAACUUCUAAA